UAGCCGAGGCUCUUCUGUGACUAUGAUUUCGCGGCCCUUGACCCGUUGUCGAUGCAAAGCAUUGAUGUUCUCGCUGGAUGGGGUGGUCAUGAUCCACAAGCGAGGCGCCAUCGCCUCAAGGUCUUGAGAGAACAAGUCGUCCAUCAGAAAUGUUUUCAUGCGUGGUACGUCGCUAAGAGCGAUCGAAGGCUGGCUGGGCAAAACACCAUCCUGUGGCGCUCCAGGUGCGGGCGUAAGAUCGCGAACAAGCUCUGUCGCUCUCGAGAACGGCGGCAUGACGGCAACAAGAGCAAUGCGGUUGCAGAGGAGAAUCUGCUUGCGUAACUGGCGGGGAAGCGCUGAUGUGCUCGAGACAGCACUGCCCAGCUCAGCGCGGCUCUGCCUCGCCACAUGGAAGCAUGCGCAGCCGCCAGCCGUGCGCCGUUGGCCAUCAUCUUCAGCCUUGCGUCUCAGUCUGGAUGCCUUCUGGUCAUCACCUCUCCACCUCUCCAACCUUCCUGCUCUUCACUUUGUUCGUUGUUCUCGUCGUUCACUUCCUACCCCGCAGUGUGGGUACACGAACAGCAAUGGUCCGGCUAACGACCGACGACGACAUUGGGCUAAGAGUGCUCCGCGACGCACCAGCAGACGCUGCUGAGCCCGUCGACAUCGUCGCAGUGCACGGCAUCGGCGCGCACCCAGAGGACAGCUGGUGCAAGAAUGUCGGCACGGCGGAGAGCCCGCGGUGGGUCAACUGGCUGGUGGAGCAGAGCAUGCUCCCGGCGGUAGCUCCCCAGGCGCGGAUCAUGCGGUACGGGUACCAGUCGCAGUGGUUUGGCGAGGGGGCGAUGCGGCAGAAGGCGUCGACGGUGGCACAGCGGCUGCUGCUGGCCUUGCGGCGAAGGCGAGCGUACCCGUUUCGGCCGCUGCUCUUCGUAGCGCACUGCUUUGGCGGGCUAGUCGUGCUGAAGGCACUCCUGGAUGCCCGACACCACGAGAGCGAGUGGCCCGGCGUGUUCGCAUCGACCACUGGCCUCAUCUUCUUCGGCACCCCCUUUCGAGGCGCAGAGGGGAUGAGCCAGGUGGAGAUGCUGGCGGCGGCGCAGCGCGAGUAUGAGCAGGACGAGAUACAGGCGGACACGCUGGGGAUUCUGCAACCGGGCAACGAGUUCCUGCAAGAGGUGGUGGACCAGUUUGGGAAGACGCGCGGGCUGGCGAACAAGGCGCAGGUGGCGUGCUUCUACGAGCUCAAGACGAGCAAUGUGGGCAGGAUCGUGGGCAAAAUAGACCGAACGGUAAGUUCAGGACAGCGAGAGUGUGCAGUGCUGUCAGCGCUGACUGUCUUUGUAGCGAUUCGUGGUGAGCGAGAGCUCUGGCUGCCUCGACCUGUCUGACGCGACGAGCAAGUUCUCGCUGUCGCGCACGCACUUCGACAUGAACAAGUUCGGGAGGCCGACAGAGGAGGACUUCGAGACGGUGAGUGACGUGGUGAAGGGCAUGAUCAAAGCGUCUCCAGGCCUGAUGCUGGCUCGAUCUCAAUCAAGCAUUGACAAACACAAAGUCGACUUCAGCCUCAAGGGUGUGCCUGUGGGGAAGUUUGCAGAGCGGCGAAGGGACACGCAAGCGCUAGAGCAAGCACUUCUACCGCACAAGGGUGUGAAGAAGCGACGGUUGCUGGUAGGCUACGGGCUGGGCGGCGUGGGCAAGACGCAGCUGGCGGCUAACUUUGCCCGGCGACAGCAGCGGAGCUU